GUUGCCCAGGAUUAUGUGGUUGAACCUGUGUAUAGCACAUCGCCGCCAGCUGGUGGCAGUCAAGUCUCCAUGACAACAGUAGAGUUGGUAAAAAAGUGGAAAGAACAAGAUGUUGAAAAAUGGAUGGCAAAGCACAGCCUAUCUCCGCAGCAAUUGAAAAAGAUGACGGGUGUAGAAAUAGCGUUCAUGAUGUUACUCAAAUCUGAGUCGCCUGAUUUUUUCUACAAGGUGAUCACAGAUACCCUGAAGAUUACAAACCUUCUUACAAUUGCACAGUUCAGGUUUGCUUUGGAUGACACAAAACUCUAAACAAAUUAAGAAUCUGCAAAUAGUAUUGGACGUUCAACAAUACAUCAAUCUCUGGUGGUAGUUACUGAUGUCAGUUACCGAUGGUAGUUACUGAUGUCAGUUACCGAUGGUAGUUACCGAUGGUAGUUACCGAUGUCAGUUACCGAUGGCAGUUACCGGU